CAGCAACCAAUUGAGGAGUGCACCGUGGAGCAAGGUCAGGGACUGCAACACGUGGCCUCACGCCCAAGGCUGUGCCUACAGGUUGUCAUGAGAUGGUGAAGGAGAUCCCUGUCACCACCAGGAGGCCAAUCAAAGAUGCCCUAUCAAGCCUUGAGGACCACUAUCCACACGGGGUCUGGCAGCAGCAGCUGGGAGCAGGAGAGAAACAGCAGUAGCUGUCAGCGCACUGAAGUCCCAGGGGAAGUGUCAUGGUGGUGGCAGCGGCUGUGGUGGUCAGAGCAGUGGUUUCUGGGCCAGCUACACGAGCAGCAGCAGCUGACACAGCCAAUGACAGUGUUGCUGCCUCAGCCUCAGCAGCAGCCUCUCUCUGGUGCCCAGCGUCUCCAGCAAGGACAGGGUGGAGAGAUGGUGGCUUCCCCCGCAGCCUCUUGCCCUAUCUGGGUCCUGAGUGAUCCAUUAGCAUUGCAGGUGGCAGCCAGAUCCCCAUCCCUGCCUGGUCCAGCAGACUGGUGUGGCAGUCUGGCUGCACUCUGGAACCACGGCAGCUGUCAGCCCAGGAGCUGGACACCAGGCAAAGGGGUGCGUGCUCCCCCAGGCCCAGGCACCAACAACAUCCUUUGGGGGAGACUCCGCCCUUCCUCCUCUCUUUCAUCAGGAGGUUGGUGGAAUUCUGCUUCACCAAGUCACCUAGAGGCUCCAUCUCCAUGCAGGGCUGGGUACUUCACCCAAACAAGGGAAGGAAGAAUUUGAGGGGGUGCACUUCCAUGUCACCUUCACUGACACCCCAAGGACCGAACCGCAGCCCAUAGAGCUGAACGGGUGCUAGGAAAUGUGGAGAAGCAAUUUGAUGAGCAGCAAAUGAAUGUCUGCAAAUGAAUGGAAGAAAUGAACACACAAAUAGACAGUUAAGAAAACAGCCUUCAAAAAAUGCAGUGCUGUGUGUAAAGGUUAAAUUUAAGUUUUUCUCUCCUGAUAAGUUUAAGUUUUGCUUUUCUGUAAGUUUAAGUUCUGUUUUCCUGGAACCCGAAACUUAUGUUAAAAACAGUUACUUAUGUUAAAAUGUACCCUGACCCAACCCAACACCCCCUGACAAAACGCAUGAUUAUUCUGUAAUGGUUAUUUUGUAACAAUCGCACUCUGGCACCCUAACUGCCAUAUGAACUUCCCUGUUUAAACACUGUAUAAAAACUCUGCUUAAGCUGUACUCAGGGCUCCAGUUUCUCUCAGGAGAACUCUGGGCCCCAGCAUGCUGGUUCCCGCCCCCCCACACACAAUAAACCCUUUGCUUUUGCAUGAGACAAGUCUCUUGGUGGUUUCUUCCUCCGACGUU